AUGUCCUAUCUAAACUAUCUAUGUAAUAAUCAAGGACCAAAUAAGAGAGAGAAAAUUAUUGGAACAUGCUACACUAUGUGUCCCCAGGAAGAAAUUUGGUUACGAAAGCGUGAAAAGCUUAUACAUAUAUUGGAAGUGGUUGGUGAUAAUUUUAAGCUUGUGAAAAGUUAUAGUCGGUCAGCUGCCGAUGCUAACAUGGCUGUUCCUAGCCUGCUGCGACCCUACAAUGUUCUUAAGAAAACUGUUAAUUAUUUAUUACAUGAAGUGGGUAAACGAACAAAUGUACCAGUAAUAGUAAUUUAUGACUUUUUAAAUGACAGACUAAGAUCAGUGCGUCAAGACAUGACAAUACAAAGAUUGCUUCCUGAACAAUGUGUGGAAUUACUUGAGCCAAUAAUUAGAUUCCACGUGUAUUUUGCUUACAGAUUAUGUGAAAAACCAAUAAAAGAAUUUGAUCCAGUACUGAACAACAAAUUAUUACUUGAAUGUGUUAAGUGGUUUCUAAGUUGUGCUGAUGAAAUGGACAGACUAAACAGAUGCUUCAAUAUAGAUAAUACAGCACUGAGUUUGGACAUGGUAAACUUAGAAGAUAGUAAGAAUAUGUAUGACAGAGUUCUUGUGGAAAGUUUAUAUAUUUUGUGCAAUAUAGAAAAUAAUCAGCUUUUGGUGCGGUAUCUUGGUUUACCAAGUUAUAUAAAAAGAAAUCCACGAUUAAAGCUUGCCUAUGAGAUUGCAAUAGCUAACUUAAAGAAUGAUUUUAUGAGAGUUUGUAGGCUUUCUCAUGGAUUGUGUCCGCUCACCACUUGUGCCUUUGUCAUUUUUUUACCAACAUUGCAAAAAAGAAUUCUACAAAUAAUGAGUUCAGCAUACAACAGCAAACAACUGACGGUACCAACAACAGUAUUACAAGACUGGCUGUUGUUCAACAAUGUUGUUGAUGUCACUGAAUGUUGUAAACUCUAUGGCUUAAAUGUUGAUAAUGGAGUACAAUUCAAUAAGAUGUCUUUCAAAUGUGAUAUUGAAGUUCAUAAACCUAAACUCAACAAUCGGCUUACUGGAGAACAAAUUAUAAACUUAGAAGAUGUUUUAACAUAUUGA